GCAACGACGUGACAACACGACCAACGCGACAUGGAGAGCGAAGGUGUUUAUGUCGAAAAUAACCCGCAAAUACUUGCCAAUGCUCAUUCGGAGUUUGGGAAACGUAAUUUUGAAUUGGCAGAGGAACUUUAUACAAAGUUCAUUUCAUCGUGUUUGCAUAAGAGGGAAUGUGCGGCAGGUGACCUAGCCGCCGCAUAUAACAGCCGUGGACAGAUCAGAUACCUGAGGGUGGACUUCACUGAGGCAAUGGAGGACUACACUGAGGCCAUAGGGGUCGACCCUCGUUUCGAAAUACCCUUCUACAACAGAGGGCUGAUCCACUAUAGAUUAGGUUUUUUCGAAGAAGCCAAGAGAGACUUUCAACAAGUCCUGAAGAUCAAUCCAGACUUUGAAGAGGCCAAAGUCAGUCUCCUCCAGACGCUUCAGGACCAGCAGCACAGAAUGACCCGGGGAUACUGACCAUGAUGGACCAGCGGCACAGAAAGACCCAGUGGCUUGUUUGGCAUUGUGAUUUGCUUUCUCUUUUCGAUGUAUUUUUUGAUUUGUAUUAAAUUGUCAAGUUAAUAAAAAUGUGUUAUUAUUUUAAUGUUCUUUUUUGCUUGAGUAUAAUGUAGAUAUUUGAUUUAUCCAAAU